UUGUCAAAACAUUUUAACGCUGGUGAUGCUGUUUAGUUUUAAGUUUCACUUAUUGUUAUUGUGGAAGUAAGAUAAAAAUGGCUUAUUAUUAGGUAUGAAAUGCACUAUAAUUAAAAAUGCCACCAACUGUUCAAACGAAUGAGGCUGAACGCGAGAAGCGUCCUCAAAGGACAGGAGAAAGGAGGUCGGAACUUGUAACGCGUGUCAAAUAUUGCAAUACCCUUCCCGACAUACCAUUUGAUCUGAAGUUUAUAACAUAUCCAUUUCCAUCGACGAGGUUCAUUCAGUACAAUCCGACGUCUCUAGAGAAGAAUUACAGAUAUGAAGUAUUAACGGAACAUGAUCUCGGUGUUCAUAUUGACUUGAUAAAUAGAGAUAUCUACCAAGGCGACGGCAAUGCACAGUUAGAUCCAGCAGAUGAGAAACUUCUUGAAGAUGACGUGCUUACGCCCCAAGAUUCAAAGCGCUCUCGUCAUCAUGCUAAAAGUGUGUCAUGGUUGCGUCGAUCUGAGUAUAUAUCUACAGAACAAACUAGGUUUCAACCACAAUCUAUGGAAAAGGUUGAAGCCAAGGUGGGUUACAAUGUCAAGAAAAUAUUUAGUGAAGAGACAUUGUAUAUGGACAGAGAUAGUCAAAUUAAAGCAAUUGAAAAGACCUUUGAAGAUAAUAAGAAGCCAAUUGAGAAGCAUUACAGUAAACCUGGUGUGACACCAGUGGAGGUUAUGUCUGUGUUCCCUGACUUUGAUAUGUGGAAGUAUCCUUGUGCCCAGGUCAUAUUUGAUUCAGAUCCUGCACCAGCAGAUAAGAAUAUUGCAGGACAGAUUGAAGCUAUGUCUCAAGCUAUGAUUAGGGGUGUGAUGGAUGAAAGUGGCGAACAGUUUGUUGCUUAUUGUCUACCCACAGAAGAUACCAUUCAGAAGCGAAGACGUGAUAUUGCUGAGAAUAUUCCUUACUUGGACGGUGACACAUAUGAAUAUAAAAUGGCUAGGGAAUACAACUGGAAUGUCAAAAGUAAAGCCUCGAAGGGCUAUGAGGAGAACUACUUUUUGGUUGUACGCAACCAUUGUAUUUAUUACAAUGAACUGGAGACACGAGUGCGGCUGUCGAAACGACGAGCCCGCGCUGGUGCAGCAGCUCAGGCGUUGACUAGACUUGUUGUUACCCAUAGGCCUCUGAGUGCUCCCGAACACCGUAUGCUACGUUUGAGAGAGAAACAGUUGGAACCCCCGCAGGAAGAGGAUGAGGAAGAGGAAGAAGACGAUGAUGAUGAAGAAGAAGAGAAACAAGACCGAAAUGAAAAAGAGAGAUCACGAUCCCGUUCGAAGUCAGUAUCAAAGUCACCUCAAGAGUCAGAGAAAUCGAAGGGUUCAAACAGGUCAAGGUCGGUAUCCAGAGGCCGAUCGAAGAGCAAGUCGAGGAGUCGCUCUCGAUCGGGUUCGGGGUCUAGGAAGUCGAGAUCCAGAUCUGGAUCUGUCCAGUCAGCUUCUGGGAGAUCCGCAUCGGGUCGGUCUCGAUCUGGUUCACGGGCCUCGUCCCGCGCCAGUUCGAAGAGCAAGGGUUCGCGCGCCAGCUCCACCAGCAGACGAGGCUCUAGAGCCAGUUCUAAGGCUAGCAAUAAGGGUUCGAAAGCCUCAUCGAAAGCCAGUUCCCGAGCUUCGUCACGAGCGAGCAGAAGAUCUUCCCGUGCGUCUUCCAGGGCAUCAUCGAAGGGUUCAGGUUCUAAGGCAUCUUCUAGGGCCAGUUCCAGAAAGAACUCCCCAUCCGGGAGCGGCUCCGAACGAUCUAGAAGUCGUUCUGCCAGCGGUUCGAGACAAGGUUCCCGUAGCGGAUCUGCGUCCAGCGCGUCUUCCCGACACAGUGGCUCUGAUUAAAUUAUCUGCUAAAUAUAAUAUGUUUACUGACUUCAAUAAAACAAUUAUUAUAAACAAA